GCGGCGGCGCGGCGGCCCGAGGCGGACGGAGGCGGCCACGGAGCUGCCCGCCUGGCGACUGCUCUGCGAGGGCGGGCGGCAGCGCUGGCGCUACCUGGGCGACGGAGAUGAUGGCGAUGGCGAGCGGCGGGCACAGUCGGCGCUGGAGGAGCACAGCCUCGGGCUGGACACGGACGAGGCGCUACCGCCCGGGCCGGCGGCUGGCACGGCCCCGGAGGCUGCCCUCAAGGGGAUGCGGUUCUACGCUGCCCUGCAAGCCGAAGACGGGCACUGGGCGGGCGACUACGGCGGGCCCCUCUUCCUCUUGCCAGGGCUCCUCAUCACCUGCCACAUCGUCAAGAUCCAGCUGCCAGAAGGGGUUCGGAAAGAGAUGGUGCGGUACCUGCGCUCCGUGCAGCUCCCAGACGGAGGCUGGGGCUUGCAUGUGGAAGACAAAUCAACAGUGUUUGGCACAGCACUCAACUACGUAGCCCUGAGGAUCCUGGGGCUCGGACCAGAUGACCCUGAUAUGGUGCGGGCCCGUGUCAACCUGCACAGCAAAGGAGGUGCUGUGGGAAUCCCUUCGUGGGGGAAGUUUUGGCUGGCUGUCCUGAAUGUUUACAGCUGGGAGGGGAUGAACACACUUCUCCCGGAGAUGUGGCUGCUUCCAACGUGGUUCCCAGCCCACCCGUCCCGGCUCUGGUGUCACUGCCGCCAGGUUUACCUCCCCAUGAGCUACUGCUACGCCGCGCGCCUGGUGGCAGAGGAGGAUGAGCUCGUACGGAGCCUGCGGCAGGAGCUGUAUGUGCAAGACUAUGCCAGUAUAGAUUGGCCAUCCCAGAGGAACAAAGUGGCUGCUUGUGAUGUGUACACCCCACACAGCUGGCUGCUGGGGGUGGCCUAUGGCAUCAUGAAUGUGUAUGAAGCCCACCACAGCUCCUACCUGAGGCAGCGAGCCAUCACUGAGCUGUAUGACCACAUCAAAGCUGAUGACAGGUUCACCAAGUGCAUCAGCAUCGGGCCGAUUUCCAAGACAAUCAACAUGCUGGUUCGAUGGUAUGUGGAUGGGAAGGACUCCCCAGCUUUUCAGGAGCAUGUUUCCAGGAUCUCUGACUAUCUCUGGCUGGGUCUUGAUGGCAUGAAGAUGCAGGGUACAAAUGGAUCCCAGCUCUGGGAUACUGCCUUUGCCAUCCAAGCCUUCUUGGAGGCAGAAGCCCAGAAGAUGCCUGAAUUUGUGUCCUGCCUCCAAAAUGCCCAUGAGUUCCUCCGGUUCACACAAAUCCCAGAGAACCCACCCGACUACCAGAAAUAUUAUCGCCAUAUGAACAAGGGUGGCUUCCCCUUCAGCACUCGAGACUGUGGCUGGAUCGUAGCAGACUGCACAGCAGAGGGACUGAAGUCAGUGAUGCUACUGCAGGAGAAAUGUCCCUUCAUAACCAAGCUUGUCCCUCCUGAGCGCCUCUUUGAUGCUGUGAAUGUGUUGCUGAGCAUGAGGAACUCAGAUGGAGGCUUUGCCACGUAUGAAACCAAGCGAGGAGGCCACUUAUUGGAGCUGCUGAACCCCUCGGAAGUGUUUGGUGACAUCAUGAUCGACUACACCUACGUGGAGUGCACAUCGGCUGUCAUGCAAGCUCUGAGACACUUCCAUGACAAGUUUCCUGAGCACAGAGCACCAGAGAUCAGAGAGACUUUACAGAAGGGCCUGGAUUUCUGUCGCAGGAAGCAGCGAGCUGAUGGGUCAUGGGAAGGGAGCUGGGGAGUUUGUUUCACCUACGGCACAUGGUUUGGUCUGGAGGCAUUUGCCAGUAUGCAGCACAUGUACCGUGAUGGGGCUGCGUGCCAAGAGGUGGUCCGGGCCUGCCAGUUCCUCCUCUCCAAGCAGAUGGAAGAUGGGGGGUGGGGAGAGGACUUCGAGUCGUGUGAGCAGCGUGUAUAUGUGCAGAGUGCCACAUCUCAGAUUCACAACACGUGCUGGGCUCUGCUGGGACUCAUGGCUGUCAGGUACCCUAAUAUUGACAUUCUGGAAAGGGGCAUCAAAUUGUUGAUUAAGAAGCAGCUGCCCAAUGGAGACUGGCCUCAGGAGAACAUUGCUGGGGUGUUCAACAAGUCCUGUGCCAUCAGUUACACUGCCUACCGCAACGUCUUCCCCAUCUGGACCCUGGGGCGUUUCUGCCGCCUGCAUCCCCGCAGCCCCCUCGCUGGGCAGCUGCAAUCCAGAUCCUUGGCUGGGGCAGGGAAGAGUCUGCUGGAGACCUUGUCUGCCUGACCCCAGGACACUGCAGGUGCUGUGGCCUCUGACGUGUCCCAGAUAACAGCUGAUGGAGAUCUUAACACAUGAACCGCUGCCUCUGCCAGGGAGGAGAGUGCUGCUGUGGUGCUGCAGGGUCUCUGCUUUCUGUUGAACCUCUUCUAAAAAUCCACUUUUGCACAUUUUUUUCCCCCAGGUAAAAAGGUAUUUUUUCCCCUGUCACUCCCUGACAGGCUGGGGAGUGAAUUGCCUUUGCAGAGCAGUUUGGAGACCUCAGAGAAAGCUGCUGAGCUGGGCUCUGUUACAAGUUCAGACUCUCCUUCACCCUGGGAAGAGCCAGCCUGUGCCUCUGCCUUCCCCUUGUGCUCUCCAGGCUGCCUUCAACAGGAGGGUGGGAUUUGGGGGCUCCCCGGUGCCCAGUGUUGCCGUGGGGUACACUACCCAACCUCUGCUGAGCUGGGCCAUGGAAGCACUCUCUGUCCUCCCUGGGUCUGGUGGGAAAGAGGACUGUUCUGUACCCCAGCUCAUAGCACCUGACAUCCCCUGGGCCCCACAGGUGAAGCCACCAGCAUAAUUCCUGCUUUGAAAAAGGGGAAAGUGAAGCAGAAAGCACUAAGCAUUGGGACACCACCUGCAUCCCUGCAGGUGCCCCUUGGUCAGGCUGUGGGACAGGUGGGCAUUCACAUUGGGCAUCCCGUUGAGCAACAUGUCAAUAAAUUGCUAACAGUGUUGU